AUGGACUGGUUGGAUGAUACAGAUAUUAAUUUAUUUCUGAAAGUGAUAGUAGAUUCUGUAGAACAUGCUGCCAUGGUGGGAUACCCAAUUGUAAAUCCAGAUAGAAUAAGCACACUUGUGUGCAGUAGCUUUUACUUUGAGUCCCUUAGGAAAAAGGGGAUGGAGUGUAUUUCUAGGUGGGUACAGGGCUUUGAUCUCACAAAAAUUAGUAAUAUAGUAUUUCCUCUUUAUAGUGAUUCCCACUGGUCGCUGUGCUAUAUUGAUGUGAAAGCAGAAACUGCAAUUGUUUAUGACUCUAUGCGCCCAAUGCACUCUAAUUUAUCAAAGGUUCUUUUAACGCACAGUUUUGUAAAAAUCGUGCUGUACAGCGAAAGAUGUGCACAGCAAAAGAAUGGGCACGACUGCGGGUGCUAUGCGCUGUACUAUGCAACUUGUAUAAUUAGAAGGAAAAGAGACAGGCUUAACUUAGAAGUGCCGCACAAAUUUAUUAAAAAGGUUCGUAUGUGGAUAAAACAGCAGAAAAAAUCUGGGCGUAUAGCAUAA